AUGGCGGACUCUGAGCGCCUCUCAGCCCCUGUCUGCUGGUUAGCCUGCACCAGCUUCUCUCCUACCAAAAAAGGAAUUUUCCUGUUUGCUGAGAUUGUACUGUGCCUGGUGGUUUUAAUUUGCUUCAGUGCUUUGAAGUCAGCAUACUUGUCCCUGUCUGUGAUUGAGAUUAUCAUUGCUGCUGUCCUAUUUGUCUUCUACAUGUGUGACCUGCACUCCAAGAUAUCAUUCAUCAACUGGCCAUGGACUGAAUUCUUCAGAGCCCUCAUAGCAGCCAUCCUCUACCUGAUCACCUCCACUGUUGUCCUUGUAGAAGGAAAAGGUAGCUCCAAAAUUGCUGCUGGGGUACUGGGCAUAUUUGCUACAUUGCUCUAUGGCUGUGAUGCCUACCGUACCUUCCAUCUAAAGCAGAAAAUACAUACAGCAGCCCCUACUGACCCCACAGAUGGCCCGUGGUCCUCAGUCACCUGUCUCUGCUACCUGCAAAUAGCUCCUCCAUCAAAAACUUCCUCUUGCUGGGUGAAAGAAAUGUGGAUAAGAGGCACCUGCUCAAUGGGAGUCUGUAUACGCCACUUUCUGGUGAGUGUACAGGAUGAGGCUGUCCUCUCAGAUCAAGUGCAGCAAGAGAGGGACAGAAAGCUGCUCUGUGUCUCCGAUUGA